CCCGGGCGUCUGACCCAGCACGAGCGGGUUCCCGCCGGAAGCCCGAAGGCCCGUGUGCUGCGGAGCCGUCCCCAGCCCGCGCCCCGCACCCGGCCCGCGGGAUCAUGUGGUACGUCAGCACUCGGGGGAUGGCCCCCCGGGUCGACUUUGAGGGGGCCCUCUUCUCUGGCUAUGCACCUGACGGCGGCCUCUUCAUGCCGGAGGAGAUCCCACACCUGGACAGGGAGACCCUGCGUGCGUGGAGCACGCUCUCCUACCCCGGCUUGGUGAAGGAGCUGUGUGCCCUCUUCAUCGGUCCCGAACUCAUCCCGAGGGAUGACUUACACGAUCUGAUCGACCGGGCCUUCCGCAGAUUCCGUCUCAGAGAGGUGGUCCGUCUGGCCAGGCUGAGGGACGGGCUGAAUGUGUUGGAGCUGUGGCAUGGCGUCACCUAUGCGUUUAAGGACCUGUCCCUGUGCUGCACGGCGCAGUUCCUACAGUACUUCCUGGAGAAGCGGGACAAGCACGUCACCGUGAUUGUGGGAACUUCCGGGGACACAGGGAGUGCUGCCAUUGAGAGUGUCCAAGGGGCAAAGAAUGUGGACAUCAUUGUUCUGUUGCCUAAGGGUCACUGCUCCAAGAUUCAGGAGCUGCAGAUGACGACGGUGCUCAAAGAGAACGUACAUGUGUUUGGAGUGGAGGGGACCAGUGACGAGCUCGAUGAGCCCAUCAAGGCCAUGUUCGCUGACGCCGCUUUCGCGAGGCAGCACAAUCUGAUGAGCCUGAAUUCCAUCAACUGGGCGCGGGUCCUGGUGCAGAUGGCCCACCACUUCUACGCGUACUUCCAGUGUGCAGCCUCCCUGGACACGCACCCUCUGCCGCCCGUGGAGGUGGUCGUGCCCACAGGAGCUGCUGGUAAUGUCACAGCGGGGUGCAUCGCUCAGAAGAUGGGCCUGCCGAUCCGCCUGGUGGUGGCAGUGAACCGCAAUGACAUCAUCCACAGGGCUAUCCAGCAGGGGGACUUCUCUCUGUCUGCGGCUGUCACACCAACCUUGGCAUCGGCUAUGGACAUCCAGGUUCCCUACAACAUGGAGAGGAUCUUCUGGCUGCUCUCUGGCUCUGACAGCCAGGUGACAAGGGCCCUCAUGGAACAGUUUGAAAAGACGCAAGGGCUAAAACUACCCAAGGAACUACACAGCAAGCUUUCAGAAGCUGUGACAUCGGAGUCAGUAUCGGAUGCGGCCAUCACCCAGACCAUGCGCCGCUGCUGGGACGAGAACCGGUACUUGCUGUGCCCUCACUCGGCUGUGGCCGUGAGCUGCCAUUACCGACAGACAGCAGGGCAGCAGCCCAGCGUCCCCCGGUGCUGCCUGGCACCUGCUUCUGCGGCCAAGUUCCCGGAAGCUGUCCUGGCUGCGGGGCUGAGCCCCGAGACUCCCGACGAGAUCCUGGCCCUGGAGCACAAGGAGACGCGCUGCACUGUGAUGCAGAGAGAAGACGACUGGACGCUGAUGCUUCGGGCCACCGUGGAGGACAUCAGCCGGCGGUGGGGGGCCACCCCCUGCCAGCCUCCCAGUAGCCAGCCUGGGGUCGGCCUCCUCAACAUGGACACGACCUUCUCCAUUGAGAGCCAGGGAUCUUGACUCAGCUGGUUUUGCUCUGUUCCCUGGCUGCCCCGUGCGCUAACUGUGGCCGCCCUGUGCCUGGGCACCGGGGAGGCGGUGACCACUGCUGGCCAGGCCUGCAAAGGAACAGCUUGGAGUGCAGGGUCAGCCUGGUCUCCAGGGGCUUCGGACUCCAGACCUGAGAAGCUGGGGGCUGCUCACUACCUCAGUGCAGCCUUGGGGCCUGACAGUCUCUGUACGUGAGUGUAUCCGACCCCAAAGCUGGAUCUGGGAGGCCUGGCACGCCCUGUCCCUGCAAUAGAAGCACCUGGUGGGUGUGAUGGAGAUGAAGUGUGUCCCAUGGGCAGAUCCCUUCCCGGCCGAGCUGCAGGAACAUGAUGGGUGGGUUGCUGGGUGGGGGUGCUGAGGGCUGCGGAGCCUUGAGGGGGCAGCAGGGCAGGCGGGCACAAGUAGCCCUGGGAGUGAUGGUGUCGGCCAGGUCGACACCAGGUCGGCAGACCCAGGAGUGCGCUACAGGGUUCUGAGCCUGUGGGAAUCCAGAGUAGUUUUGGACAAACAACAAAUGUUAAUAAGGCAAGCCUCUGGCCAUGGACCCCGGGUGGGGUAUGGGGGUGGGGUUCCUCUGGAAGGCAUGGGAGGCAGGUGCAGGACAGACGGAUUCUUUGGCCACUAGAGGUCAAUACUGCCUCACUCAGGGCUGCUGUGCCGUGACCCGGUGGGCGUCUGAGGUCCAGAACCCGCUUCCCCAGCCCAGGUCUGAACGCACUGGGCUGACCUCUGUCCGGCACCGCCCCACAGCAGAAUGUGCCGACCCUGCCUCUGUGCGCUGUCCAGGGACUGCCCGCGACUGAGGAAGUCCCCAGGGAAGCGUGGCUUUGCACAAUAGGUGGGAGGCUGGAGCCACAGGGUGGGGGGAGGGUUCCCAGGGGAAUGGCCGUGGCCUUUGCAGGCUGGGCACUUCAUUUCUGAAACGGGCUGCUGGAGACCCGGCCGUUUCCCGUCAGGCACAGUAGGCCCAAUGCUCAGGCUCACCACGCUGUGGGAGGCCCAUGAAAAUGUUCUCGUUUAGUUAUUUUUAAAUGAGGCAAAUUGAGUUUCAUUUAUUUUAGAGGCAGAAACCGCAAUCUCCCUCCCCCAGAUGCCUGCAACAGGCUGAAGCUGGAUCUGGGAGCUCAGGCAGGGCCUCCCACGUGGGUGGCAGGGAUCCUGGGGCUUGAGCCACCACCUGCCGACUGCAGAGUGCGGACUGGAAGCUGGAAUUGGAUGCGAAGCUGGGAUCGGAGUCCAGGCACUCAGCUACGGGACGUGGAGGUCCCAGCCCGCAGCUUUGCUCUGUGCCAGAAGCCUGCCCCUCACUUCUUAUAAAACCGAAAGCAAGCAAUGAAUGCAGACGAAUUGUGUUCACCUUUCUCCCAACACAUUUGCGACAUUUUCAUAGAAGAACAGGCCCCCGGAAGUCCUAAGGUGGCCUCCGUGCCUGGUGAGACUUCCCACGGGUUAGCUCGUCCAGUCCUGGCAGCAGCCUGUGAUUUUACACUUAGGGGAAUGGAGGCUCUGAGAGGGGAGGGGACUUGCUGGGGGCGCAGAGAGGCGGAGACUCACGCCAGGCGUGGCAGCUGCCGGUGUGGCCUGGUUUUCGCCACCCGGCCUCCUGGACAUCCAGCCGCGUGCUUGUGGGGCUCGCUCCUUGGCCCUGCUUCUGAGUCCUUUUCUCUUCUCCUUUUCUCCACUGAAGUGGAUUCGGGGGCUCUGGGGCCUCUGUGAGGCCCCAGGGCAGGGCCAGGGUCCCAGGGAAUCUCCUGCCCUCUGAAUGGUUCUGGAAUGUGCCCAGCCCUGAGAGGCCACCACCCCUGUGAGAGGGCCCAGAACAAGCACAGCACAGAGGGACGGGAACUGAACUGCAGGGUGCACCUGCCGCAGGUUGGGGGAAGUGGGGCAAGCGGAGGAAGACGGGGGAGGGGUGAGGUGUGAAGAAACUCCUGCCCCCGGCUGGCUCCCCAAAGGUUGCGGCUACAACUUCCAGCACCUCCAAACAUAACCACUUGGAAAUAAAAUCUUUAAAAAGGUGGCUAGGGGCUGGCCUGUGAUGCCGGCAUCCCACACGUUCAUCCCAUUUGUUCCAGUCCUGACCGCCCUGCUUCUAAUCCAGCUCCCUGUGAAUGCGCCUGGGAAAACAAUGGAAGAUGAACCAAGUACUUGGGUGCUUGACGACCACUUAGGAGACCUGGAUGGAGUUCCAGGCUCCUGGGUUUGGCCCUAUCUAUUGGAGCCAUUUGGGGACUGAACCAGCAGAUGGAAGAGCCCUUGCUCUCCUUCAAUCAGUCAAUCUUUUUUUUUUUUUUAAUGAUGGUUAAUUUAAAAUGAAGUCUUUAUGGUGAGAUUUAAAUCCAAUAUGACCGGUGACCUUGUAAGAUGUGAGGGGUCUGUGCUCUGGCGUAGUGGGUAAAGCCACUGUCUGCAACACUGGCAUUCCAUAUGGGCGCCCGUUCAAGUCCUGGCUGCUGCACUUCCGAUCCAGCUCUCUGCAUGCCCUGGGAAAGCAGCAGAAGAUGACCCCAAGUCCUUGGGCCCCUUCACUUGCAUGGGAGACCCGGAGGAAGCUCCUGGCUCCUGGCUUCGGAUCAGUGCAGCUCCGGCCAUUGUGGCCAUUUGGGGAGUGAACCAUUGGAUGGAAGACUCCCUCUCUCUCUUUCUCUUUCUCUUUCUCUCU